CACCGGCGAGUCCCGGAGCCCGCGGCGAGUCCGGAGGGGGCUGGGGGCCGGUUCCCCGGCCAUGCCGGCGGCGGGUCCCCGGUGCCCGGGGGGGCGGCGGAGGCUGCCGGUCCUGCGCUGGCUCCCGAGCUACUCGCUGGCCUGGCUGCAGCUCGACGUGAUGGCCGGGCUCACCGUGGGGCUCACCGUGGUCCCGCAGGCGCUGGCUUAUGCCGAGGUGGCCGGGCUACCUCUCCAGUAUGGCCUCUAUUCCUCCUUCAUGGGCUGCUUCGUCUACUGCUUCCUGGGCACCGCCAAGGACGUGACGCUGGGUCCCACCGCCAUCAUGUCGCUGCUUGUCUCCUCUUACGCCUUCCACGAGCCCGUCUAUGCCGUCCUGCUCACCUUCCUCUGCGGCUGCAUCCAGCUGGCCAUGGGGCUCCUGCACCUCGGUUUCCUUCUGGAUUUCAUCUCCUGCCCGGUCAUUAAAGGGUUUACAUCUGCUGCUUCCAUCACCAUUAGCUUCAACCAGGUGAAGAACCUCCUGGGGCUGCAGGGGAUCCCUCGGCAGUUUUUCCUGCAGGUGUACGAGACGCUGUGGAGGAUCGGGGAGACCAGGGUUGGGGACGCUGUGCUGGGGCUGACCUGCCUGGCCGUGCUGGCAGGGCUCCGGGCCAUGAAGAACAGCCUGCCCCAAGCUUCCCGUGGGGAGCCACUGGCUGCCAGGGUCAGCUACCUCAUCGUCUGGACCUCUGCCACGGCACGCAAUGCCCUCGUAGUCCUGUUUGCUGGCCUGGUCGCUUACUCCUUCCAGGUGAUGGGCUCCCAGCCGCUCACGCUCACCGGCAGCAUCCCCCGGGGCCUCCCCGCCUUCCGGCCGCCACGCUUCUCCAUGGAUGUUCCCAACGGCACCAUCCCCUUCAGGAGCAUGGUGGAGGACAUGGGGGUCGGGCUGGCCGUGGUCCCACUCAUGGGUCUGCUGGAGACCGUUGCGAUUGCCAAGGCUUUUGCCUCGCAGAACGAUUACCGGAUUGACCCCAACCAGGAGCUGCUGGCUCUGGGUUUCGCCAACGUCCUGGGCUCCUUCGUCUCAUCGUACCCCAUCACGGGCAGCUUCGGCCGGACAGCAGUGAACGCGCAAUCGGGUGUCUGCACCCCUGCUGGAGGACUCGUCACAGGUGCCCUGGUCCUGCUCUCCCUGGCGUACCUCACCUCGCUCUUCUACUACAUCCCCAAAGCGGCGCUGGCCGCCGUCAUCAUCUCGGCUGUGGUCCCCAUGUUUGAUGCUGGGAUCUUCAGGACGCUCUGGCGGGUUAAAAGGCUGGACCUUGUGCCCCUCUGUGUGACGUUCCUGCUCUGCUUCUGGGAGGUCCAGUACGGCAUCGUCUCCGGGGUGCUGGUCUCAGGGAUUCUCCUCCUCUACUCCAUUGCCAGGCCCCCCAUAAAGGUGUCAGAGGGGGACGUGCUCCUCGUGCAGCUGGGGAGCAACCUGCACUUCCCAGCCAUGGAGUGCCUCCGGGAUGCCAUCUGCAGCCAUGCCCUGGCAGCGUCUCCACCGCGCUCUGUCAUCCUGGACUGCUGCCACAUCAGCAGCAUCGAUUACACGGUGGUGGUGGGGCUGGAGGAGCUGCUGCAGGAGCUGGGCAAGCACGGCCUCUCGCUGGCCUUCUGCAGCCUGCAGGACCCUGUUCUCCAAGUCCUGCUGGCUGCAGAUUUAGAGGGAUUCCAGCAUUUCCCCAGCCGGGAGGAGGCAGAGCGGUGGGGAGGAGCGGAGCCGGGGGGCAGUGGGGCAGUCCCCUUCACCAGCACCGGCGAGAGCUCACUGCUGCCCACGGGGCUCAUCCAGUGAGUGGAGGAGCUGCCUGGGACCUCCUCGGGGCAGCAUCACCUUGCCAACUCCUGGCGUCCCAUUGCACUGGUGCUGUACCUCCUGCAGAGCCGUGGCUGUGACACCCUGGUGACAUCCGACCAACACCCUCCACUUGGAGCCGCCUGCCCCCUGUCCUGCCUCCCGGGCAGCUGGUGGGACAGUCCCCGUGUCCUCCCACGCAGGGGAGGGCAGAGUGAGGCCAAGGGCACAUGGUCCAUGGAAGGGAUCCGUGGGGCAAAACCAUUCCCUAUCCCGGUGUUAUGGUUUGAGGAACAUCUAUUGUCGUUUAGACAGUGAUUCUAUCACCCAAUGACCCCUCCCCACCCGAGAAGGGGGAGCAGGAGAAAACAAGGCAACAGGGGGGUUGAAAUAUAAACAGAUUUAAUAGGAUAAGGCUAAAUAAUUAA